AAAAAGAAGCGGCAUCCAUCUCAGGGAAACCUGGCCUUCAGCGAUGACAGCAUUCGGCCCCAGGAGGAGCCUGGAAUUCGUCCUCAGUCUUCCCAGCUUGCGCUGCCCAUGGGGAUACAGAACAGUAAGGAGCAAAAUAGAACCUGCUGCCUGAAUGGGGGAACCUGCACGCUGGGGUCCUUUUGUGCCUGCCCCUCCUUCUACAGACAGAACUGUGAGCACGAUGUGAGCAAAGAGAACUGUGGGUCUGUGCCCCAUGGCACCUGGCUGCCAAAGAAGUGUUCUAUGUCUAAAUGCUGGCAUGACCAAUUCCGCUGCUUUCCUCAGGCAUUUCUACCUGGCUGUGAUGGCCCUUUGAUGGAUGAGCACCUCAUGGCUACCAAAACUCCAGAAUUACCACUACCACUGUCUGCAUGUUACCACUUUUAUGCUUUAAAAUAAUGAAUACUUUUCCAUAAUGAUCUCUAACACUUCCUUACUGUACCAACUACUUCUUCCCUCUUUGCUCUGCCCUCCCCCCAAAAAACUACUUUUUUCAAAGUCAGCCAUACCUCCAUUGUGCCCAAGUCCAGUACUUUUUUAUACAUGUAAUUCUACCAAGGUUUUCUUAAUAUGUUAACUGAAUUACAUCUUCAGAUUAUUAAAGAUUAAUCCUAAUGUGGAACUUAGGAUACAGUUUUGAGUAGAGUUGAUCAAAAUCAAUUAGUCUCUUUAAACGGAAAAAAAAGCCUCUUUAAGGAGAGGAACUAGAGUGCUAGUAAAGGAAGUCUGUCUGCAUGUGGAAGGGAAUGGGAAGCAAAUGGGAGAGAGAGGCUGGAAAAUAUAAAAUGGGUUACUUGACUGGUGAUUAGGUGGGUGUAGAGAAGCAAGUUAAAAGGCUAAAUGAAGGGCAAGUUUCCAUCAUCUAUAAAAAGCUAUGUAAGACAAGGACUUCCCCUUUUUUUUUCUAAAGGCAAUGUAAAAAGAAUGACAUCUCCUUAGAAAAAAAAAAUUAUGCCUCAAUGUCCCCAAGAAAACUGCUUAAUAAAUUAGGUUUUCUGCAAGCUAUGCAAUUAUUUUAACUGCUGAAGAGAAAAUGUUCACAACAUAUUUAGUCAUAAACUGAAUGAUAAAACUACAUAUUUUAUAGCCCAUUUUAAAUAUACACUGUAUAUAUGUGUAUGCACAGUAAAGUGUGUGUGUGUGUGUGUGUUUAUAAAGCAAGGUCUCAAGUCAAUAACCAAACCUUUCUUUCACCUUAAUAGGAAUCCCAAACUAAGCAGGUUAAAGCAAAUAAUAAAGAUGAUAGCAGGCUGGCUGCAGUGGGUCACAUCAGUAAUCCCAACACCUCAGGAAGCUGAGAUGGCGGAUCACCUAAGGUCAGGAGUUUGAGACCAGCUUGGCCAACAUGGUAAAACUCCAUCUCUACCAAAAAGAAUUAUCCAAGCAUGGUUCACACCUGUAAUUUCAGCUACUCAGCAGCUGAGGCAGAAAAACUACCUGAACCUGGGAGGAGGAGGUUGCAGUGAGCCAAGAUCAUGCCACUUCACUCCCUCCCGCCUGGGCAACAGAGUCAGACUCUCUCUCAAAAAAAUAAAAUUAGGCCAGGUACAGUGGCUCACACCUAUAAUCCCAGCACUUUGGGAGGCCAAGGCAGGUGGAUCAGGAGUUCAAGACCAGCCUGGCAAAGAUGGUAAAACCCCACCUCUACUAACAAUACAAAAUUUAGCCAGGCAUGGUGGCGGACACCUAUAAUCCCAGCUACUCGGGAGGCUGAGGCAGAAAACUGCUUGAACCCAGGAGGCAGAGGCUGCAGUGAGCCAAGAUCAGUAAUACUGUACUCCAGCCUGGACAACAGAACAGGAUUCUGUCUCAAAAAAAAUAAAUAAAUAAAAAUACAGAUUGGAGCAGAAACCAAUAAAAGAGAAAGCAGAAAAACCUGAGAGAAAAGUAAGUAACACCAAAAGUUGGUUGCUUUAAAAGAUCAAAGAGUUUGGCAAAUCUUAAUUGCUAAGUAAAAAAGAAAACAAAGAUUACCGAAAUCAGGAAUGAAAGAGGUCAGAGUAUCACUAGUGCCCUACAAGAUGUGAAGAAUUAAGAAAGCUCUAUGAACAAGUUUAUGCCAACAAUUUUAGACUACUUAGAUGAAAUGGACAAAUUUCUUUAAAGACACAAAUGACCAAAAUUGACUGAAGAAAGGUUUUAAAACUGAAGAGAUCUGUAGUAAGUUUUAAAUAGCUACUGAAGAUUUUCCUCAAAAGAAGACUCCAGGGCUAAAUGCCUUCACUAGUAACGUCUAACAAAUAAUUAAAAAGAACACCCAAACGCAGAGGAGGAGAAAACACUUCCCAACUCAUAUUUAAAGGCCAAACUACUCUGAAAAUAAGGCCACCAGACAAAAAAAAAAAAAAAUACAAACCAAAAUCUCCCAUAAACAUAACAAAAUCCAUAACAAAACAUUCAAGAGAAUCUCACAGCAUACAAUACAAUACCUAUUCUCUCUCUCUCUCUCACACACACACACACGCACACAUUAACAAACUAGAAAUACAACUUUAACUUGGUGGUGGGCAUCAAUAAAAAAAUCUAAAGCCAAUUUUUCUUAAAGAUAAAACACAAUGCUUUCCUUCUAAAGAUGAGGAACAAGGAAUGGAUGCCUGCUUUUGCUACUUCUUUUCAAAAUAGUACCUGUUCUAGCUGGUGCAGUAAGGUUGAAAAGAAAAAAAAUUAAAGGCAUCAAGACUAAAAAGAAACAGGUAAAACUGUUUUAGUAAUGGAUUACACAAUUCUGCUUAGAGAAAAAUCUCAAGAAACGCACACACAAAAACUACUAGAACCAAUAAACAAAUUUAGCAAGGUCAUAGCAGAAACAAUAUAUACAAAAGUCCACUGCAUUUUCCAUUUUAUAUGCUAGGAAUGAACAAAUUAUUUUAAAAAUUCCAUUCACAAUAGCAUCAAGAAUAUACACAAAAUACUUUGUUAAAGUUUUUCUAAGACUUCUCUACACUCAGUACUGCAAAACACAACUGAGAGAAAUUAAAGAGUAUCUAAACAGACAUUUCAUAUUCAAAGAUUAGAAGACUAUCAAUAUUGUCAGGAUGGCAAUUUUCCCUAAAAUUGAUCUAUCUGUAAAUUCAAUGCAAAAUCUCGGGCAGCUUUUUUUCUUAAAGAAAUUGACAGGCUGAUUCUAAAAUUCAUAUGGAAUCACAGAGGACAGGCAAAACAACUUUGAAAAACAAGGUUACAGGACUUACACUACCAAAUUCUGAAUUUUACUAUAAAGCCAUAGUAAUCAAGACAGCAUGGUAAUGGCAAAAGUACAGACAUAUAGAUCAAUGGAACAGAAAUCAGAAUCCAGAAACAAAUUAUUACAUUUAUGGUCAACCCAUUUGUUGGGUACCCAGAUGAUCCAAUGGGGGAAAGAAGUUUUUCAACAUAUCAUAUGAAAUAAUUUGAUAUCCAAACACCAAAAGGAAAAAAAACCUUAGACCUGUACCUCACAACAUACACAAAAAUUAAAAUGAUGACAAACCUAAAUGUAAGUUACAAUACAGGAAUUCUAGAAAAAAAUCACAGGAGGAAAUCUCUGUGACUCUCUAUUGGCCAAAGUGUUCUUAGAUGUGACAUCAAAUGCACAAUCCACAAAAAAAAGAAAAAAAAAAUAGUAAAAUUGAUUUUCUCAAAAUUAAAAACUUACUGUACUUCAAAAGACAUCAUUAAUGAAAAACUAGGCCAGGCGUGGUGGCUCACACCUGAAAUCUCAGCACUUUGGGAGGCUGAGGUAGGCAGAUCAUGAGAUCAGGAGUUUGAAACCAACCUGGCCAAUGGGGCAAAACCUCAUCUCUACUAAAAAUAUAAAAUAAAAUUAGCCAGGCAUGGUGGUGCACAUCUGUAGUCCCAGCUACUUGGGAGGCUGGGGCAGGAGAAUCACUUGAACCCAGGAGUUGUAGUGAGCCAAGACCACACCAUUGCACUCCAGCAUGGGUGUCAGAGUAAGAUUCUGUCUCAAAACACAAAAACGACAAAAAAAAAAAAACGAAAUCAA